AUGGCGAGGAUGUUACCGCUGCACCUUCGCGUCCUUCUUGUGGGGCUGUUGUUAACGGGGACCUUGACUGUCCAAGCAAACAGAGGGGCGACAUCGGCUGACGAAGAGAGGGAAAAAGAGAGCGACGCGGAGGCGCCAUGUGAGGUGAAAACCGUAACCGUGUCUACCCUGCCCGUACUCCGGGAGAACGAGUUCAGCUUCACCGGCGGAGCCUCGGGGAGCGUGGUCGGAGGAGGGGGUCCUGCUGGAGCAGGUGCUGCUUCUGCUGCUGGAGGAGGAACUGGAGGGGGUGGUGGUGGUGGUGGAGGAGGAGGAGGAGGAGGAGGGGGGGAAUCCCGACUCCUGUUAUUCGUUAGAACCGACCUACCUGGGCGAAUUUCCGUAAUGGAUGAUCUUGACAACACCGCUCUCCCCUACUUCACACUCGAGAUGUCUGGUACGGGAGAAGAUAUUUCUCAGGUACACUGGAAGCAGCAGUGGUUGGAAAAUGGGACACUGUACUUCCAUGUGUCCAUGACUGAAUCUGAGCUUGUAGCACAGACAACACAACCCACAGCUCGGGAGCCUACUCAUGCUCUACAUGAACACAUGCAUCUGCUGCACAUCUCAGUUAUGGGAGGCCUCAUUGCCCUCCUUCUCCUAAUUCUCCUCUUCACCCUUGUCCUGUAUACCCGCCACCGAUGGUGCAAGCGUCGCCGCAUCCCCCAGAAGAGCGCCAGCACCGAGGCCACACAUGAGAUCCACUACAUUCCCUCUGUUCUGCUCGGACCCCAGGGUCGAGACAGCUAUCGGGGCUCUCGAAAUACACACCAACACGGGAGCUCGGUCAUCGGUAUGCCCAUCCGCGAGACCCCCAUUCUUGAUGAUUACGACUGUGAUGAGGAGGACCCAGGUGGACACUCCCUUAACUCCACGCCCAACAAGCUCCACACCAAGAUGAGUGAUGGGAAGAUCCAGGAGGACUAUGGAGUUAACAUUGGCAUUGGAGGACACACAGAAAUGAUGUUCAAGGAAAAUGAAAUUAAGCAUAAUUUUGAAAAACGAGCUAUUGACCCAAACACGGAGUCAGUAGAGGAUUUGAUGCAGAGGUUCCAGGACAGUUUCCGUGUUCCCAAUACGCCAACGGACAUGUCUCACUAUCAGCAUGUCAUGCACAGCUCAUCGACGGGUCGCCGGAGGGUCCCCAGCCACACCAGAGCACCUGGAGGUGUGUUUGGUCCUCAAGGGGAAUCAGGGUCAGAGCCUGAAGAUGACAGCCAAAUGAAGUUUUACACAGAACAGCACAGAGGACGAAGGCGCAGCAAAGGCCACCCACACAGUCCUCUAAACAAGGUCACCCUGACGUUGAUUACCAUCAGCACAUGUGUCAUUGCCAUUGUCUAUGCUACACAGGAUUCCUGCCCCCUCACUGUCAAGGUUACCCUACAUGUGCCGGAGCAUUUUGUUGCGGAUGGAAGUAGUUUUGUGGUGAGCAUGGGCAGCUUCCUGGAUGUUUCUAAUUGGCUAAACCCAGCCAAGCUAACCCUCUACUAUCAGACCAAUUCGUCCACACAAUGGGUCCUGGACUACUGCGGCCAGAGGACCACUGAGCCCUGCGAGCAGAUUUGUGAUCAGGACACAGGAGAAUGCAGCUGUCAUGAGGGUUAUUCCCCCGAUCCUGUCCAUAAACACCUCUGCGUACGCAGUGACUGGGGUCGAAACGAAGGUCCUUGGCCAUACGCUAAUCUGGAGAAAGGCUACGACCUAGUUACAGGAGAGCAGGCCCCAGAGAGGAUCUUCAGAUCAUUUUACAGUCUGGGCCAAGGGUUGUGGCUGCCAGUCAGCAAGAGCUUUGUGGUGCCACCAGUGGAACUGUCAAUCAACCCCAUCGCCAGCUGUAAAACAGAUGUGCUGGUUACUGAAGAUCCAGGAGAGGUCAGGGAAGAGGCCAUGAUGUCCACUUACUUUGAGACAGUGGAGGACCUACUUGCAUCUUUUGGGCCUGCCCGUGACUGUUCCAAAGAUAACGGUGGUUGCAAGAAGAACUUCAAGUGUGUGACUGACAGACAGUUAGACUCAUCCGGCUGCAUGUGUCCUGAGGGCUUGAGGCCAAUGAAAGAUGGCUCAGGUUGCUAUGACUACUCUAGGGGCAUUGACUGCACGGAUGGCUUCAAUGGAGGCUGUGAACAGCUGUGUCUCCAGCAGCUCGUGCCCCUUGAAGAUGACCCCAGUUCCAGCAACGUGCUCAUGUUUUGCGGGUGUGUGCAGGAGUACAAACUAGCAGGGGACGGGCGCUCCUGCCUCCUGCUGUCAGACAACUGUGAGGGACCAAAAUGCCCAAGGCAGGAUGUCCACUUCAAUGACACCCUGUUUGGUGAGAUGCUGCAUGGAUACAACAACAAAACCCAGCAAGUCAACUUGGGACAGAUAUUCCAAAUGACCUUCCGAGACAACAACUUCAUCAAGGACUUUCCCCAGCUAGCCGACGGUCUCAUGGUCAUCCCCUUACCAGUAGAGGAACAAUGUCGAGGGGUUUUGUCCGAACCCCUGCCCAACCUGCAGCUCCUUACAGGGGAUGCUCAAUUCAGUGAGGCAGUGGGUUAUCCUAUGGUUCAACAAUGGAGAGUGCGCAGCAAUCUGUACAAAGUUAAACUCAGCUCCAUCACCUUGUCUACAGGCUUUUCUAAGGUGCUGAAGACACUGUCAGCGGAGAGCACACGUGAGGAGCUGCUGGCUUUUCUCCAGCAAUAUGGCAGCCACUACGUGUCUGAGGCCCUGUAUGGCUCUGAGCUCAGCUGCAGCAUCUACUUCCCCAGCAAGAAGGCCCAGCAGCAGCUCUGGCUGCAGUACCAGAAAGAGGCAACAAACCAGGGGGUUAGCGGAGGUGGGCGGCGUGAGCUGAAGUCAGUUCCCUUCAUCAGCUACCUGUCGGCAUUGCAGAAGAGCCAGCUGUUGUCUGACGACAUGGUAAAUGGCGUGGAGAUCCGCUGUGAGGAGAAGGGAAGCUGUCCAGCUGGCUGCCACCUGUGCCAUCACCAGGCCGUGAUGGGAGGAGUGUCAGGGAGAGGCCGCACCGGUAACAGCAGGAGUGGAGAGCAGCCUUCCCCCAUCCCUGUGCUGCUGGAAGUCAGCCGCGUGGUGCCCCUCUACAGCCUGGUCCAAGACAACGUCACCAAAGAGGCCUUCAAGAGUGCCACAAUGAGCUCAUACUGGUGUGCUGGAAAGGGCGAUGUCAUUGAUAACUGGUGUCGCUGUGACCUGAGUGCCUUCAGCAAAGAUGGCCUGCCUAACUGCAGUCCCCUCAGGCAGCCAAUUUUGCACCUAGCCCCUUACCUGGAGCCCUCAAGCACAAUGGUUGCCCUGGAGUGGAUGGAUGUGGAGCCUCUGAUUGGCUGCAAAGUUUCCGACUACAUCAUCCAGCAUAAACGAGUGGAGGAUCCUUCGGAGGCCGAGGUCUACACAGGUGAAGUUCUGAGCAUGAUGGAUGAUCUGUUCGCUGGUUUGGGUUCAUCCUGUGUUGUUGCCGGGAAGAGAGCUGGAGACCAUCCUCACUCUAUGCUAUACUCGGUGGUCUUCAAGUGCCUGGAACCCGACAGUCUUUACAAGUUUACUCUCCAUGCAGUGGAUAGUCGAGGCAGCCACUCUGAGUCAAGCUUUGUCUCAGUACGGACAUCUUGUCCAAUGGUGGAUGACAGCCGAGCUGAAGAGAUCGCAGACAAGGUGUACAACUUGUACAAUGGCUACACCAGUGGGAAGGAGCAGCAGAUGGCCUACAACACACUGAUGGAGAUCCCUCCUCCACUGUUAUGCAGAGUCCAGCACCACUACAAUUCCCACUAUGAGAAAUUUGGAGACUUUGUCUGGCGUAGUGAAGAUGAGCUGGGCCCCAGAAAAGCCAACCUGAUACUACAUAGAGUGGAGAAGAUUAGCCACUACUGCCGGUCCCUACUGCGCAGCACCCACAUCCAGAGUCGCACCGACACCAUGGCGUAUGUCUACUGUCGGAGUGAAGAGGGCCGACCUCCUAGUAACACAUGGCAUGGCUCUUUACAUGAAAGUCGCACCACCUGCAUGGAAAAGCUCAUUUCUGUACAGCGUAACACAUACAGCAACACCAAACUCCGAUGAGACAGGAGUUAGUAGACGGAGGCGGUGCGUUUUUGUUUGUUUAUUCCUGCAAAAUGACAUCAAUGAUUGAUGCACCUCGUCCCCCACUCUGCAGCAGGUGUCUCUCAAGUGACUGGUGGAUUUUGAAAACCAGGAGAGCCUAAAAAACCUCAGAAUUCACUGGACAUUGUGUUAGAGCUACCGAAAAACAUAUUUUUGUGUGGCCUACUUUUAUUAUAAGACAGAGGAUAAAAAGAAAACCUCAAACGAACAUAUUUCUCAACUGCAAAAUGCCAGUGAUCGCACAUAUCAAUGAGAAACUGCAGUGUGAAUAUGUAAAAUAUAAUUCAGCCAAGAGAAAAACUGGUUGGCUAAAAUACUUUGAAUGUAAUGUUGUAGUUCCUUUUUCGGUGCUUUGAAGCUUACCUGGAACACUUUAAAGAGAGAAAAAAAGGACUAAAUCAAUAGCAUAACUUAUUUGCCUUUAAUACCUUUAUUUGAAAGGAGAAAUUUAAAUGUGUUAAAGCCAUUUGAAAAUCACUUUCUUGUUUUCAAGUUCAUAUUAAUAAAAAAAAAAAUGAAAGCUUUUCUUCAUGAAUGUGAAAUAAGUCAGUGAGAAACUAUGUAGUUAGUCUUGUAUUACAUUUGAUAGAUUCAAUUGAAAGAGCAAGGCUUUUUGUGGUAACAGGAUCGACCAUUCGGCUACUAUUAGCCUGAUGAAAUUAUGCAAAGACAGAGUGGGUGGCAUUCAAACAAAUCAUAUUCAUUCAUAGACAUUUAAUAUAGCACUGCUUUCAUUGCAUAAAUCUUGGAAUCCUUUUAUCAUCAUCUUUUUUUAAAUACUAAAAUACCCCAAAAAAAUAAGAAAUAUUUGAGAAAAUGUAUUAAGGACAUUUAUAUCUCAGACUAGAAAUGGACCUGAACACAGUGGAUUAUGCACCCAAGACAAAAAAUACAAUGCUUUUGCCACACUGAAGUCUUUAAAUCAAAUGCUUUAUAUGUGUUGGGUUUUGGUUUGUGACUAAACACACCAACAGUAUUAAUACUAAAAAACGAAAUCAGAUGCUAUAGCUAGAUUUAAUGAUUUCUGCAAGAUCACAAAAUAGUGAAAGUUUGUAAUCUAAUGAUAAAUUACAAUUUAUCAGUGGAAAGUGACUUUUGUCAUCAUGGCAGUUACGUUCUAAGAGGAGCAGUAGUAGCCAUAAAAUUAUUAUUAUUAUAAUUAUUAUUAUACAAUAUGGUAAUAAUAUGGUCAUAUGAGUGAUUGAAAAUCUAACAUCAAAAGUGAAUAUGCUGAAUGCAUCUUUGAAAAGAUCCUCCCUCACAGGAUAAUUUGAUGUUUGCUCAUGUAUGUGCACUCAUAGACAAUAUGGCAGAAUAUUAGGAAAAUAAGUUUGAGGAACAUUUUCAGGUCCCCAAAUAGUUGAUGAACGAUGAGAAUGACAAACAUGUGAGGUACUGUCCUCUGAAUUGGGAAGUAUCAGUGAUUGUAGGGAUCACCUGUGGUCCGUAUUAUUUUUCAGUUCAAUGUUAUAUCUUUAAAGCCAUGGAUAUUGUUUUAAUGAAGAUAAACAAUGCCUUUUUCAAUAUUUACAUCUCAUGUUAUAUGAACUGUAAUAAUAAAUUAUUAUAAUGUAAAUUUUAAAUUGUAAAAAAAAGACAAAUGUAUUAUUAUGUGGCUUUGAUUGUCUUUUUCUGAAGAAUGUGAAAUAUUAAAAAUGUAUAUUAAAUGAGAAGACUUUUCUUUCAUCGCCACGAUGGAGUGAUACAGUAAUUAACCCUUGUGUUGUCUUCCCAUCGACCACGUAACUUUUUGUUUUUUCUGGGUCAAAAAAAAAAAAUGUCUUUGUCAAUUUUUUACAGCAAUUUUUUUGGAUGAUUUUGUCGAUUUA